GCGCUCCCACCAUCAGGACACCACCACCACAAGCACCGCGCCACCAGUUCACCACUUCCAUUGCGGCGCCGAGCUAAGCCUUAGCCGCGCCAGGGUGGUGCUCACUCUUUAGCGCCGCUCGCUAGAUAUGGAGGUGCACAAGUACUGGGGCGUGGGGGGCCGGCGGUGCGGCGCGUGCGAGGCGUCCCCGGCGGCGGUGCACUGCCGCACCUGCGGGGGCGUCUUCCUCUGCACGGCGUGCGACGCGCGGCCCGCGCACGCCGGGGCGGGGCACGAGCGCGUGUGGGUGUGCCAGGUCUGCGAGCUGGACCCCGCGGUCGUCACGUGCAAGGCCGACGCCGCCGUGCUCUGCGCCGCCUGCGACGCCGACAUCCACGGCGCCAACCCGCUGGCGCAACGCCAUGCGCGCGUCCCCGUCGCGCCCAUCGGGUCGGCCGCCGCGGCGGCGGCCGUGGAGUCCAUGCUGUUCGAGACCGGCGAGGCGGUCGCCGAGGCCGAGGAGCAAAAGGCAACCGAGCAGCAGCACUACGCGCUGAACCUGAACGUGGAUUCCAAGGACAUGAAGCUGGACUACCUGUUCUCCGACCUGGAUCCCUACCUCAGCGUCGAGCUCCCGCGCUUCCAGCACGCCGACAGCGUCGUCCCCAACGGAGCCAGCGCCGGCGCCGCCGUCGAGCUGGACUUCACGUGCGGCAUCGGCGUCAAGCCGUCCUCUUACAGCUCCUACACGGCCACCUCCCUCGCGCACAGCGGCUCGUCGUCGGAGGUUGGCGUGGUGCCGGAGGCUAUCUGCGGCGCCGGCUGGGGCUUCGAGCUUGAUUUCACCCGGGCCAAGCCUCAUGCCUACAUGCCGUACACCGCGACUCCGCCGAGCCACAGCGUGUCGUCGGUGGACGAGGAGGUGGUGCCGGACCGCGGGGACGCGGCAGUGGCGAGGGCGGCUUCGGUGAUGGGAGAGGGCAGGGAGGCACGGCUGAUGCGGUACCGGGAGAAGCGGAAGAACCGGCGGUUCGAGAAGACCAUCCGGUACGCGUCCCGGAAGGCCUACGCCGAGACACGGCCACGGAUCAAGGGCCGCUUCGCCAAGCGGCCGGACCAUGACGCCGACGCCGACGCCGACGACGUCGAUGCCGAGGCCGAAGCCGCCGUGCCGUCGUCGUCUUCGUCGUCGUACGUGUUCGACUUCGGGUACAGCGUCGUGCCGAGCUUCUGAUCGGCCUCGGUCCACACGCGCACGGCCGGCAGCGCGCACGACCCGGCACGGCACGCCGCCGCGCGCGCCUUGUACUUGUAUCGAUGCAUAGGGGAGGACUAGCAAUCCCAUGUACUCUCUUUUUGAGCGCCUUAUGUGCGCUAGUGAUAUAUAAUUUGAAUACUACUACUACUAACAAAA